CUGGCUUGUAAUUCAUAUUAUACAUCUACUCUUUCACUGCUCAAAUGGAUAGAAAUGCAUCUAGUUUCCAGGUUGGGGACUGCGAUGCCACGAACGUGGCACUGUACAAGUUCUACGCAGCCGUCAUGAUUGUGAUAUUCAUACUGGCUCUGCCUCUGAACGCAUCUGUCCUCCACCUCUUCAUAUUCAAGCUGAAAUUCUGGAAAUCCAACAGCAACAACAUCUUCCUGUUCAACCUGGUGCUGGCUGACAUUCUCCUGCUCUUCUGUUUGCCGAUAAAGGCAUACAACUUCAUCAAAGGGGAAAGGCGGAGCGACAAUGACACGGUUUGCAAAGCCAUGCUCUUCAUGUUGUUCUUGAACCGAGGAGCCAGCAUUGCCUUCCUGACGGUGACCUCCAUCGACCGUUAUUUCAACGUGGUGCACCCCGGUCGCAAGAACCUCCUGAGAGCUCUCAAGAAAUCUCCGCAGAUCUCUAUCCUCAUCUGGCUGCUCCUGCUGCCUCUCACCAUCCCCACCAUGCUCAAGAACUUUGAAUGCUGCAACAGCCACACACAGGAGGGUGACGAUAAAAACGACACUGUGGUCAAGGAUGUCGUGGACAGUAUGCGAGAAGUGGUCUUCUUUUCCCAGGUCAUCAUCCCCUUCAUCAUCCUGGUCUACUGCACGGUGCACAUCGUCAACCGGCUCAGGAUAAAAACCGUCGGGGAUCAGACCAAGCUGAGGAGAGCGGUCUUCCUGGUGACCUCCGUCAUGGUGGUCUUCUCCUUCUGCUUCCUCCCCUGCACCAUAGCCAGGGUGUUUCUGCUGAUUGUCCGGGUCAAUCUGUGGCCUGACCCCUGGCAGGAAAAAGCUGCCGUGGCCUUCGACGGCCUUAUGGUCCUCUCCUACGUGGACUGUCUGCUGGACCCGCUGAUCUACUGCUUCUGCAGCACCAAGUUUAAAGGUCUUUACCUCUCCAGUUAUUUACCGUUCUUAGUGAAAGGUGAUCAAAUGCCGCCGGACAGCUCAACAGUAAACGCAACGAAUCCUCCGCGCAAUGCUGUCAUUUGAACUUUGUGGGAGAGUCUGCCUGAGACUGACAGUGCCCCCCCCAAACAUGUGUCUACUUCAUGAAAGGGGAAUGUGAAGGCGCUAUGAAGACAAGAUGGACUGCUUUUCUCUAAGUUUCUAUUUUUUAUUGAUUCUUAAAGUAAUAAUCUCAAAUAUUUUCAUUAAAAUAAAUGGCUGUUAAGUCACUAUCCAUCGCCGAAUGAGGUGACACAAUGGUAAAUAAACCUAUGGCUCACUGAAAAUAAAAAAGAGAUUGCAUUUGCAGGAUUUCAAACUGACAUUCACCUUGAAUUCCCGACACUGUUUGGAUCUCUGGGAAGCAAGAUCCAA